AUGGCUGUGGUCAGAGGUUGGGAGACUGAUGCAGAUGAGAACAUAUUUGAACAGAAUCUAAAGAUCAAGUUUUACAUCAGUUCCGGGUCCACAUCUCCAUCCUCGCACAAUGGAGACGAAGCCGACCCAGUUAAGAUUGUAGAUUCUGCUCAUCUCCCAGUUCAUACACCAACAAUAAAAAGAAAGGAAUAUCAUAGUAGAAUCCUAUUUCCAACUAAGAAUAAGAAUCACCGGUUUUUCCUCACAUCCUUUACUGCCCCCACCAAGUGUCACCAGUGCACGUCUCUGAUGGUGGGUUUGAUAAGACAAGGCUGCAUCUGUGAUGCAUGUGGGUUCUCAUGUCACACAGCCUGUGUAGAGAAAGCUCCAAGAGUUUGUCCAGUGCCUUUUCAACAGAAGAAAGGUGCCCUCUGUCUAGACUCACAGGAAGGCAUGGGAACAGCCUAUGAAGGCCAUGUCUGGAUUCCCAAACAAACAGGAGUGGAAAAAGGAUGGCAGAGAGCACUGGCUAUAGUUUGUGACUUCAAACUCUUCCUGUACGAUAUGGAUGAAGAAGAAGACUCAAAGCCCAAUGUUGUAGUGAGUCAAGUGAUUGACAUGAGGGAUAGAGCAUUUUCUGUGAGUUCCGUCUGGUCCUCUGAUUUUAUUCCAGGAAAGAAAAAGGAAACGGUCCAUAUGUUUAAAGUCACAGCUUCCCAGCUCUCAGCACCUAGUAAUAGAUAUUCAAUCCCAAUAUUAGCAGAUAGCGAGAAUGAGAAGAGUGAGUGGAUGAGAGUGCUGAGUGAAUUGCACAAGUUACUGGGAAAACGUCAUUCCAGAGACCGCACAGUCUACGUUCUGAAAGAGGCUUAUGACAGCAGUCUACCCCUGAUCAAAACCACCCAGACAGCUGUAAUCAUAGAUCAUAAAAGAAUCGCUCUGGGAAAUGAAGAAGGGUUAUUUGUUGUGCACGUUACCAUGGAUGAAAUUAUUCGAGUUGGUGACAUGAAGAAGAUUCAUCAGAUUGAGCUUAUCCCUCAUGGCCAGAUGGUUGCAGUGAUCUCAGGGCGAAGUCACCAAGUGCAACUGUUUCCUAUGUCAGCUUUCGAUGGACGAAAGACUGAUGUUCACAAGCUGGCAGAAACCAAAGGGUGCCAGACCAUGACUUCUGGAACAGUGUGCCAAGGGGCCCAUACAUGCCUCUGCGUAGCUAGGAAAAGCCAUGUCUUCUGUUAUGAGCUGUUUCAGAGCAAGAAAAUUUCUCACAGAAAAUUUAAAGAGCUCCAAAUCCCAACCAAUGUCCAGUGGAUGGCUAUCUUCAGCGAACAGCUUUGUGUAGGAUUCCAGUCAGGAUUCCUGAGAUACCCCUUGAGGAGAGAAGGAAUCCCAUACAGGAUGCUCCACACACAUGACCCUACACUGUCAUUUAUUGUACAUCAACCGGUGGAUGCUCUCUGUGCAAUUGAGAUCUCCAGUAUUGAAUAUCUGUUAUGUUUUAAGAGCAUUGGAAUUUACACUGACAGCAGGGGCCUCAGAUCCAGGCCAGUUGAACUGAUGUGGCCAGCAACUCCAACUUUUUGCCGUUACAAUGCCCCAUAUCUCUCAGUGUACAGUGAAAAUGCAGUGGACAUCUUUGACGUGAACUCCAUGGAAUGGAUCCAGACUGUCCCCCUCAAGAAGGUUCGACCCUUGAAUAGUGAAGGAUCCCUAAAUAUUAUACUUUUGGAGACAAUUAGAUUAAUAUAUUUCAAAAAUAAGAUGACAAAUGGAGAUGAACUGGUAUUUCCUGAACCAUCAGAUGAUCGUCAGAAGCAAAUGGUCCGACACCUCAACAGCAAGCGGCAUUAUUCCUUUAGAGUUCCCAAGGGGAAAGGGCUGCCACCGAAGAGGCUGUGA